AGUCAGUGGGAACAGCAAAUGCAAAGAUCAUGAAAGGGAAGAACUUGGUGACCUUGAGAAAUAGAUAGCAAGGCCAAUGUGGGGGCCCAGAGGUGGAGCUGGACUCAGUCUGGGGGAUUCUUGGGGAGUUCUAGCUUCUUGGAGGGGACAGCUGAGCUGAAACCCCACAGUUCCUAUAGUGAAACAACAUAGCUCAGAGAUCUGGAAUCAGGGUUCUGGUUCCUGUCCCUGCUCCAGCUCACACCAGUUCUGUGUGACUUUGGACCGGUCAGAUGCCCUAUCCUGCCUCCGUUUCUUCGUCCAUGCAUACAGUGGGGUGCUGUUGGCUCCUACUGAUGAUGAUCAGAGAGGGCCCAAAGGAUUCUGGCUGUUCUGUAUGCUAGAUCAGGCGCUCGCCUAGGUCCAAGGAUCCUGGAAAAGUGGGGAGGGGGUGCCCGGGGACAUUUGGGAGCCAGGCAGUCUCUGAGCCUGUGUUUCAUGUUCUUCUCUUGCACAAAGCCUGGGUCGGAUUGAAGCAGCCUGGUUGAAAAGGCUGCGAUCAGAAGUCUAUUUGGCCGCAUGGGCUGAGCCUUGGAUGCCAAGCCCAGAGGCUUUGCCUCACUGCUGCGGGAGCCCUCACAGGCUUCUGCCCAUUUGUUUCUCGGGGUGAUCCAGCUCCCCCGUAGGAAAUCUCGGUUCCCAGGGUUGCCAACCAAAGCUGGGCACCCUUAGAUCUUUGCCCGCUUCCUUCCACCCUGGAGUACCCAUUCUUCGCUUGCUUGGCUCUUUAAAUCCCAGCUGUCAAUCUGGGCUCCUGUUGACAGGGAAGGUCGUGUAUUAUAAGCCUCUCCUAGAGUGCCGGCGGUCUCGGUCUUGGUCUUGUGCCUCCGUUUUACGAGAAGUUGGGAAUUGUUACACGCUCUCUUACACACAGCUGUUUCCACACCCACCUCAUCACCUCUCGCCUACUCCUCCCUCUUUCGAAGUUGGGCCCCUUCGCCAAGACUUCCCUUAUAUGGGCACGGCCCCGAACGGCGGGCGCUCAUUGGCUGGGGCCGUCACGCGCGUGUCUGUCAACAAAGGGGCGGAGGGAAACCAGCACCGCCCGCCAGCCCGCAGGGCCGAAGGGUAGGAACGAGGGGGCGGGCCCUCCUGCUUAUCAUGUAGCCUGUGCAGCUCCCCACCAGCCAGGUCCUGAGAUUCGGUGAAUCCCUGCUUGUCUGCCACCGUCCCCCAGAAUGGACCGUGGUAGCCUCCUGCCCUUCCAGCUGUGGUGCCCCAGGCCCUUCGGCACCUACUCCCAGAACCAGCCACGCCCACCUUCUGCAGCUCUCAAGCCUUCAGCCUGCUCAGAGCCAGGCAGCGGGGCUGAGCCAGACCAUGGACCUGCCCUCUCAGAGAAUACACCACCCACCUUGGCCACGGAGGCCCCGGCCUCCCAGCCUGCCCCGCUUCUGUCAGCAGCAGCAGCCGGCGACGAGGGCCGCGUCCUCCUGGACACAUGGUAUGUUAUUAAGCCCGGGAACACGAAGGAGAAGGUAGCCUUCUUUGUGGCCCACCAGUGUGGUGGGAGCAGCCGGGCCAGCUCCAUGAAGGUCAAGGGACACUGGGGCAGUGACAGCUCCAAGGCCAAGCGGAGGAGGCGCUGUCUUGAGUCGACCAAGGCCCCACCGGACCCAGGGGGCCAGGAGGGGCCCCCUGCUGCUGAGGGGGCCCCGGCCUCAGCGGGUGAGGACGUGGACCUGCUCUCCGUGGCGGAGAUGGUGGCCCUGGUGGAGCAGCGGGCCGCCCUGGCCCUCCAGAACUACCCGCGCCCUGGUACCCCAGCACCCGUGGUCUUCGUAUCGGCUGAGCAGGGUGGUCCCGCCAAGGGGCUGGGGUCUGAACGGCGGGCUGGCGGCGGGGACUGCAGCCGGGUAGCCGAGGCGGUGGCCCAUUUUGAGGCCCAGAGAGACAACCCUCCUGCCAAGGGCCUCCGCAAAGAGGAGCGGCCUGGGCCUGGCCCUGGGGAGGUGCGUAUAGCCUUCCGGAUCUCCAACGGCCGGGAGCCUCGUGCCUCCGAUGGCAGCAUGCCCAACGGGAGCGGGGGCCGCCCGGGUUGUGCCUACCCUGGCAGUCCAGGGCCCGGGACCCGAGCCAAGGACAAGAUCACCUGUGACCUAUACCAGCUCAUCAGCCCUUCUCGGGACGCCCUCCCCAGCAACGUGGAGUUCCUGUUGGCCAGGGCUGAUGAAGCCAGCGAGGGUGAGACCCCAGCCCAGAGCAGGCCUGAGGACACGCCCCCAGCCCCCCCUCCACCCCCUGCCCGGGACUGCGGGGCCUCAGGCUUCCACGUGGAUGUGGUGGUGACCGGCGUGGUGGACGAGUGCAUCUUCUUUGGCAAGGACGGCACCAAGAACGUGAAGGAGGAGACCGUGUGCCUGACAGUCAGCCCCGAGGAGCCGCCUCCGCCGGGCCAGCUCUUCUUCCUCCAGUCCCGAGGGCCUGACGGGCCUCCCGACCCCCCUCCCGCUGACUCUCCAGCCGCGGCAUCAGGCCCAGAUGACGCGGAGGCCACAGCGGACACCUCCCUGUGCCGCCUGUACCGGCACGUGUCGCACGACUUCCUGGAGAUCCGCUUUAAGAUCCAGCGGCUGCUGGAGCCACGGCAGUACAUGCUGCUGCUGCCCGAGCACGUGCUGGUCAAGAUCUUCAGCUUCCUGCCCACGCGGGCCCUGGCGGCGCUCAAGUGCACCUGCCACCACUUCAAGGGCAUCAUCGAGGCGUUUGGCGUGCGCGCCACGGACUCGCGCUGGAGCCGAGACCCGCUCUACCGCGAUGACCCUUGCAAGCAGUGCCGCAAGAGAUACGAGAAGGGCGACGUGUCGCUCUGCCGCUGGCACCCCAAGCCCUACCACCACGACCUGCCUUACGGACGUUCCUACUGGAUGUGCUGCCGCCGAGCGGAUCGCGAGACCCCCGGCUGCCGCCUGGGUCUUCAUGAUAACAACUGGGUGCUGCCCUGCCACGGGCCGGGCGGGGGUGGGGGCCGCGCAGGCCGGGAGGAAGGGAGGUGAAGCCGGGGGAGGGGGGGGAGAGCCCACCAUGCCCACUCCCACCCCCUCCCCCGGGGAGCCGAGGACCCAUACCCCAGUCCAGACGCGCUCACCCCUGCCCCCAAGACUGAGAUGAAGUUCAGGGGGGUGACCCAGGAAAGCACUCUGACACACACCCCCAGUUGGUUUUCUACUCCUCAGACCCAGGGGCACGGACCCUUGAGUAGGGUGUUUUUUAUCAGCAUCUCAAUUUCUCCAUUUAGCCUCAGUACCCUCCCUGCCCCUCGCGCUACCAGGGGUCCCCAGCAGGGAGCAGAUGGCAGCUAAUUUUAGUACUACUUAAGGGUUUCCCCACUUGGGCCCCCUUUCUGCUCACUCCCCCAUCUCUCUCUGGCGCUGAUUUUCUCCCAAGAGGCUACAUCCCCAAAGUUGGUACCUGUCCAUUUAAUGUACCAUGCCAGGGCUCACUUCCUCAUGAAUCGGGGGCCACUGGGUCACAGAUCAAAUUGAGCACGUUUCAUGGCCAUUUCUAGGUGUUUCCCCAUUAAAAUAAAAAUCGCUGUUUUCUUCUUACAAGCUACCAGUCUCCACUUCCCCCAAGGGGAAGAGAAACAAAGUUGGCAUAUAGAAAUUCCCUUCCUCCUCCCAUUAUUUAAGCUGUUGCUCACUCUUCUCCCACCCCCCAAAAAAGCUGUGAAGCCCUCCGCCUCGCUUUUGACAGCGUGGGGGGGCCGGUGGGCAGGGACUGUGGGUUUGAAAUUCUGGGUUUUUCCUUCCAUUCUGGGCACUUGUUCAGGCACGGGGUCCCUUCUCCCCAAGCCACCUGUGUUUCUUUAGAAUCCUCUGGUCAACGGAGACCUUCCUUUUCAGGCAAUUUGCUCUGGGGUAUUUUUGUUUGUUCUGUUUGGGUUUUUUGUUUUUUUUCACCAUUGUGGUUCUGGAAGCUUCUAGAGUGUGGCAUCUGACCAAUUUUGAAUUGGUCCUUUCUAUAAAAUCAAUAUUUAUAAGCCUGGGCCCAGACUGGUUUGUGUGUUGUUCAGGGAAGGUUUGGGAGAGGAAGGAGUCACGGGUCUGUGCAUGGUGGGAUGGAGCACAGUUUAGCCAGCCGAUUCUUAAGCUGAGAUUGUGUUUGAAUUUCCGCACCUGUGUAGUUUGGAUUCAAAGAUCUCUGAGUAGUAGUAGCUUAAACAGCGUAGCUUUUAUUUAGAAGUCCAGUGUCGGAUAGGUCAUGGUGGCCCUGCAGUCAUCCAGAACCCAGACUCUCCAAGCUCAAUUCAGGACACACUAAGCCAGAAACUUAAGGGAAAGAAACGGAGGCCCUGAAGCCAGUUUUUACUCCGCGGGCGUUUGCUGACGUGGACAACUCAGGUUUCCUAUCUGUAGUCUUACUGGGAUGACCAGGCAGAAGUCAUGGCCAGAGCCCGCCAAGGCGAGGCAUCCACAGGAGCUAGGUGCCGCGGACCAGCACAGCAGUAGACGAUGAGGCCACCUCAGGGUUGAGAGAAGCGUGCAGGGUGAUCAGGGCGUCGGUGAAAGAAAUGACAAACAGACACACUUCAAGAGUGAAAAUCUGAGUGUAAUUUUCUUUGAGUUUGUGACCAAUAUAUAUAUGUUUUCCAAAAGCACAGGGACAAUGAAUAUCAAUGAAAUCAGCUUGCUCAUGGGCUCAGUCUAUCACCAUCAGGGAGGUGAUCUACGUAACAAGCAAUGACUUUUAUAGAAGAAAGAAGGAAGUUUAGAAAGACAAUAAGGGAUAAGGUUAUUUAGCAUUCUUGUAGUGGUUCCUGGUGGUCGUUAUCUUUUGAUAAGCUUCUGUCUUUUCAGGGAGCUUCCGCUGUACUUCCCCUGCUUCAGGGUGUUAUGCUGUUCUCCCCCUGCCCGAGGGGAGCCCCAGGCCAAAGGGAAGGAUGAAAGUGGGCCCUGAGAAUUUGGGGUCCCAGGCUGGCCCUUGCCUCAGGCCUGCAGCCGGGUUUGUAUCGCCUGUGCACUGCUAGCUGGGCUCUCGGGCAGAAACAGACAUCAAAUGUGUCGGGAAGAGCUGACACUUAGCAUCUUCCACAAUUUUUCAGAUAAUGACCAUAAGCAGCACCCAGACAGAUGGAAAUAAAGCCGCC